GCGGCGCGGAGCGGCGGCGGCCGGCGGAGACGGCCCGGCGGGGACCGGCGCGCCGCGGCGCCCGACCGGGAGUAUCUGCAGCGGCCGAGCUACUGCGAUGCGGCUUUCGCCCUGGAGCAGAUCGCCAAGGGCAGAGCGACGGGGAGGAGAGCGCCGCUGUGGCUGCGGGCCAGGUUUCAGAGACUGUUGUUCAACCUGGGCUGCUACAUCCAGCGGAACUGCGGGAAGUUCCUGGUGGUCGGCCUCCUCAUUUUCGGGGCUUUCGCUGUGGGAUUACGGGCGGCCAACCUGGAGACCAACGUGGAGGAGCUCUGGGUGGAAGUUGGUGGACGAGUCAGUCGGGAGUUAAAUUACACACGACAGAAGAUUGGAGAAGAGGCCAUGUUUAACCCCCAGCUCAUGAUCCAGACUCCACAGGAAGAUGGUGCUAAUGUACUAACAACAGAAGCACUCAAACAGCACCUCGACUCUGCACUUCAGGCCAGCAGAGUACAUGUUUAUAUGUACAACAGACAAUGGAAAUUGGAACACUUAUGUUAUAAAUCAGGAGAACUUAUCACAGAAGCCGGUUACAUGGACCAGAUUAUAGAAUAUCUUUAUCCUUGUUUAAUUAUCACUCCUUUGGACUGCUUCUGGGAGGGAGCAAAACUACAGUCAGGAACUGCCUAUUUGUUAGGGAAACCUCCUUUGCAGUGGAUCAACUUUGACCCCUUAGAAUUCUUGGAAGAGUUAAAGAAAAUAAACUAUCAAGUGGAGAGCUGGGAAGAAAUGCUGAAUAAAGCAGAAGUUGGUCAUGGUUAUAUGGAUCGACCUUGCCUAAAUCCUGCUGAUCCUGAUUGCCCAAUCACGGCUCCCAACAAAAAUUCCACUAAACCUCUUGAUGUGGCCCUUGUUUUGAGUGGUGGAUGCUAUGGACUGUCUAGAAAAUACAUGCAUUGGCAGGAGGAGCUGAUUAUAGGUGGCACAGUCAAGAACAGUUCUGGUAAACUUGUGAGUGCCCAGGCUUUGCAAACCAUGUUUCAGUUAAUGACUCCAAAGCAAAUGUAUGAGCACUUCAAGGGGUAUGAAUAUGUUUCACACAUCAACUGGAAUGAGGAUAAGGCAGCAGCAAUUCUGGAAGCCUGGCAGAGGAUGUAUGUUGAGGUUGUUCAUCAAAGUGUUGCACAAAACUCUACUCAGAAGGUGCUUUCCUUCACUACAACUACCCUGGAUGACAUCUUAAAGUCAUUUUCUGAUGUCAGUGUUAUCAGAGUAGCUAGUGGCUACUUGCUAAUGCUUGCCUAUGCCUGUUUAACAAUGCUGCGGUGGGACUGUGCCAAGUCUCAGGGCGCCGUGGGGCUGGCAGGAGUCUUGCUGGUUGCACUUUCAGUGGCUGCAGGAUUGGGCCUGUGCUCAUUGAUUGGAAUUUCCUUUAACGCUGCCACAACUCAGGUUUUGCCUUUUCUUGCUCUUGGAGUUGGUGUAGAUGAUGUUUUCCUUCUAGCACAUGCAUUUAGUGAAACAGGACAGAAUAAGAGAAUUCCAUUUGAGGACAGAACAGGUGAAUGUUUGAAACGAACAGGAGCAAGUGUGGCCCUUACAUCUAUCAGCAAUGUUACUGCUUUCUUUAUGGCUGCCUUAAUCCCUAUUCCUGCUUUACGAGCAUUUUCACUCCAAGCGGCAGUUGUGGUGGUAUUCAACUUUGCUAUGGUUCUGCUGAUUUUUCCUGCUAUCUUGAGUAUGGACCUUUAUCGUCGGGAAGAUAGGAGGUUGGAUAUAUUCUGCUGUUUUACAAGUCCAUGCGCUACUAGAGUGAUUCAGGUUGAGCCUCAAGCAUAUGCAGAAAACAGUGAUAAUACUUGCUACAGUCCUCCACCUCCAUACAGCAGUCACAGUUUUGCACAUGAAACUCAAAUUACAAUGCAGUCCACAGUGCAGUUGCGCACAGAAUACGAUCCUCACACGCAGGUGUACUACACCACAGCAGAGCCUCGCUCAGAAAUAUCUGUGCAGCCAGUGACAGUAGCACAAGAUAAUCUCAGCUGCCAGAGCCCAGAGAGCACAAGCUCGACGAGGGAUUUGCUUUCCCAAUUCUCGGACUCCAGUAUGCAUUGCCUUGAGCCACCCUGUACUAGAUGGACACUCUCAUCUUUUGCAGAAAAGCAUUAUGCUCCAUUCCUGCUCAAACCAAAAGCUAAGAUUGUGGUUGUUUUUCUCUUUCUGAGUUUACUUGGGCUCAGCCUUUAUGGAACUACUCGAGUGAGAGAUGGACUGGAUCUCACAGACAUUGUACCACGAGAAACCCGAGAAUAUGAUUUUAUUGCUGCACAGUUCAAGUACUUCUCUUUCUACAACAUGUAUAUAGUGACACAGAAAGCAGACUAUCCCAAUGUCCAGCACUUACUUUAUGAACUUCACAGAAGUUUCAGCAAUGUGACAUAUGUUUUGUUGGAAGAGGAUAAGCAGCUUCCCAAAAUGUGGUUGCACUACUUUCGAGACUGGCUGCAAGGACUUCAGGAUGCAUUUGACAGUGACUGGGAAACUGGGAAAAUCACUUACAACAAUUAUAAAAAUGGAUCUGACGAUGCUGUUCUGGCUUACAAACUCUUGGUGCAAACUGGCAAUCGAGCAAAGCCCGUUGACAUCAGCCAGUUGACUAAACAGCGUCUGGUGGAUGCAGAUGGAAUCAUUAACCCAAAUGCUUUCUACAUCUACCUGACAGCCUGGGUUAGCAAUGACCCUGUGGCGUAUGCUGCCUCACAAGCCAACAUCCGGCCUCACCGCCCUGAAUGGGUCCAUGACAAAGCAGACUAUAUGCCUGAAACAAGGCUGAGAAUUCCAGCAGCUGAGCCCAUAGAAUAUGCUCAAUUUCCUUUCUACCUCAAUGGAUUGCGUGAAACUUCUGACUUUGUGGAAGCCAUCGAGAAAGUGAGAGCUAUCUGUAAUAACUACACCAGCCUUGGGAUUGCCAGCUACCCAAACGGCUACCCAUUUCUAUUUUGGGAGCAGUAUAUUGGACUUCGUCACUGGCUUCUCUUAUCCAUCAGUGUGGUUUUGGCUUGCACAUUUCUGGUGUGUGCCCUCUUCCUCCUGAACCCCUGGACGGCUGGGAUCAUUGUGGUGGUGCUGGCUCUGAUGACUGUGGAACUGUUUGGCAUGAUGGGUCUAAUUGGAAUAAAGCUGAGUGCAGUGCCUGUGGUUAUCCUGAUUGCUUCUGUUGGCAUUGGUGUGGAAUUCACUGUUCAUGUUGCUUUGGCAUUUUUAACAGCCAUAGGAGACAAGAACCAUAGGGCUGUCCUUGCACUGGAACAUAUGUUUGCACCAGUGUUGGAUGGAGCUGUGUCCACUCUGCUUGGAGUGCUAAUGCUUGCAGGAUCGGAGUUUGAUUUUAUUGUCAGGUAUUUCUUUGCUGUUUUGGCUAUCUUAACCAUUUUGGGAGUUCUGAAUGGAUUGGUGCUGCUUCCUGUUCUUCUUUCACUCUUUGGACCAUACCCUGAGGUUUCUCCAGCCAAUGGACGAAACAGAUUACCCACGCCAUCUCCUGAGCCACCCCCGAGCAUCGUAAGGUUUGCACUGUCUCCCAGGCAUACAAGCAACGGGUCAGAUUCCUCUGAUUCAGAAUACAGCUCUCAAACCACAGUGUCAGGCAUCAGUGAAGAGCUCCAUCAGUAUGAAGCUGCUCAAGGCCCUGGGGCACCAGUCCAUCAAGUAAUAGUGGAAGCCACUGAAAAUCCUGUCUUUGCAAGAUCCACUGUGGUUCAGCCAGAGACAAGGCACCAGUCGAGUCCCAGAUUACAACUGAAUCCAGAGGCUGGCACUCAGCAUGCCUGGCAUCAGGGCAGACAACCCAAAUGGGAAGCGAGGGAAGGGCUGCGACCACCUCCUUAUCGCCCUCGCCGGGACGCUUUUGAAAUUUCUACUGAAGGGCAUUCAGGACCUAGCAAUAGGGAUCGCUUGGGCCACAAGGCUCGUUCUCACAAUGUGAGAAGUCCAGUGUUUGGUGCCAUGGGUACCUCGGGACCGGCGUACUGCCAGCCCAUCACUACUGUGACUGCUUCAGCUUCAGUGACUGUUGCUGUCCACCCUACUGUGCAUAGCCACAGCUCUUGGGGAGGAAGCUUCCCAUCCUAUGAGGGGUACCAUGAAGCUGACCACAGGCCAUUUGAGGACCCCCAUGUGCCUUUUAAUGUGCGAUAUGAAAGAAGAAACUCUAAAGUAGAAGUUAUAGAACUGCAAGAUGUUGAAUGUGAAGAAAGGAUACCUGGCAACAGCUCAGAGUAAGGGUAAUAACUGAAGCAAAGAAGAGGCCAAAGAUGGAAAACUGUAUUUCCAGAACUGCUUGAAGAGAACUGCUCAAAGAUGUGGAAAAGGAUAUGCUGCAUCAGGACAACAGUUCACUGUUACUGUAACCUAUUGUACUAUUUUGUUAAAUAUUUCUAUAAAUAUUUAAAAGAUGUAAACAUAUGUAAUAUACAAAAGAACAGUGUAAAGUAGUAUAAUCUGGAGUCAUUUGCCUCCAGUUAGAGUGGGGACAAUAUUGUUUGUGUUCUGUACUUAUUGUACAUUGAUCUCUGUGUCACAACUAAGCUUA